AUGGGCCUGAGGUUUAAAGGACAGGCACAGGGAGGCAAGGAUAAGGGGCAGAGAGAGAGAAUGAAGCAACAAGGUGCAGGCUUGAGCUCCUCACUCCCCUCCGCUCCUCUGUCCGCCCUCCUCUGUCCCUCUCCUGUCUGUGGGUGGGUGGGACAGGCACAGGGAGGCAAGGAUAAGGGGCAGAGAGAGAGAAUGAAGCAACAAGGUGCAGGCUUGAGCUCCUCACUCCCCUCCGCUCCUCUGUCCGCCCUCCUUUGUCCCUCUCCUGUCUGUGGGUGGGUGGGACAGGCACAGGGAGGCAAGGAUAAGGGGCAGAGAGAGAGAAUGAAGCAACAAGGUGCAGGCUUGAGCUCCUCACUCCCCUCCGCUCCUCUGUCCGCCCUCCUCUGUCCCUCUCCUGUCUGUGGGUGGGUGGGACAGGCACAGGGAGGCAAGGAUAAGGGGCAGAGAGAGAGAAUGAAGCAACAAGGUGCAGGCUUGAGCUCCUCACUCCCCUCCGCUCCUCUGUCCGCCCUCCUCUGUCCCUCUCCUGUCUGUGGGUGGGUGGGACAGGCACAGGGAGGCAAGGAUAAGGGGCAGAGAGAGAGAAUGAAGCAACAAGGUGCAGGCUUGAGCUCCUCACUCCCCUCCGCUCCUCUGUCCGCCCUCCUCUGUCCCUCUCCUGUCUGUGGGUGGGUGGGACAGGCACAGGGAGGCAAGGAUAAGGGGCAGAGAGAGAGAAUGAAGCAACAAGGUGCAGGCUUGAGCUCCUCACUCCCCUCCGCUCCUCUGUCCGCCCUCCUCUGUCCCUCUCCUGUCUGUGGGUGGGUGGGACAGGCACAGGGAGGCAAGGAUAAGGGGCAGAGAGAGAGAAUGAAGCAACAAGGUGCAGGCUUGAGCUCCUCACUCCCCUCCGCUCCUCUGUCCGCCCUCCUCUGUCCCUCUCCUGUCUGUGGGUGGGUGGGACAGGCACAGGGAGGCAAGGAUAAGGGGCAGAGAGAGAGAAUGAAGCAACAAGGUGCAGGCUUGAGCUCCUCACUCCCCUCCGCUCCUCUGUCCGCCCUCCUCUGUCCCUCUCCUGUCUGUGGGUGGGAGGGACAGGCACAGGGAGGCAAGGAUAAGGGGCAGAGAGAGAGAAUGAAGCAACAAGGUGCAGGCUUGAGCUCCUCACUCCCCUCCGCUCCUCUGUCCGCCCUCCUCUGUCCCUCUCCUGUGUGUGGGUGGGAGGGACAGGCACAGGGAGGCAAGGAUAAGGGGCAGAGAGAGAGAAUGAAGCAACAAGGUGCAGGCUUGAGCUCCUCACUCCCCUCCGCUCCUCUGUCCGCCCUCCUUUGUCCCUCUCCUGUGUGUGGGUGGGAGGGACAGGCACAGGGAGGCAAGGAUAAGGGGCAGAGAGAGAGAAUGAAGCAACAAGGUGCAGGCUUGAGCUCCUCACUCCCCUCCGCUCCUCUGUCCGCCCUCCUCUGUCCCUCUCCUGUGUGUGGGUGGGAGGGACAGGCACAGGGAGGCAAGGAUAAGGGGCAGAGAGAGAGAAUGAAGCAACAAGGUGCAGGCUUGAGCUCCUCACUCCCCUCCGCUCCUCUGUCCGCCCUCCUCUGUCCCUCUCCUGUCUGUGGGUGGGUGGGACAGGCACAGGGAGGCAAGGAUAAGGGGCAGAGAGAGAGAAUGAAGCAACAAGGUGCAGGCUUGAGCUCCUCACUCCCCUCCGCUCCUCUGUCCGCCCUCCUCUGUCCCUCUCCUGUGUGUGGGUGGGAGGGACAGGCACAGGGAGGCAAGGAUAAGGGGCAGAGAGAGAGAAUGAAGCAACAAGGUGCAGGCUUGAGCUCCUCACUCCCCUCCGCUCCUCUGUCCGCCCUCCUCUGUCCCUCUCCUGUCUGUGGGUGGGUGGGACAGGCACAGGGAGGCAAGGAUAAGGGGCAGAGAGAGAGAAUGAAGCAACAAGGUGCAGGCUUGAGCUCCUCACUCCCCUCCGCUCCUCUGUCCGCCCUCCUCUGUCCCUCUCCUGUCUGUGGGUGGGUGGGACAGGCACAGGGAGGCAAGGAUAAGGGGCAGAGAGAGAGAAUGAAGCAACAAGGUGCAGGCUUGAGCUCCUCACUCCCCUCCGCUCCUCUGUCCGCCCUCCUCUGUCCCUCUCCUGUCUGUGGGUGGGUGGGACAGGCACAGGGAGGCAAGGAUAAGGGGCAGAGAGAGAGAAUGAAGCAACAAGGUGCAGGCUUGAGCUCCUCACUCCCCUCCGCUCCUCUGUCCGCCCUCCUCUGUCCCUCUCCUGUCUGUGGGUGGGAGGGACAGGCACAGGGAGGCAAGGAUAAGGGGCAGAGAGAGAGAAUGAAGCAACAAGGUGCAGGCUUGAGCUCCUCACUCCCCUCCGCUCCUCUGUCCGCCCUCCUCUGUCCCUCUCCUGUGUGUGGGUGGGAGGGACAGGCACAGGGAGGCAAGGAUAAGGGGCAGAGAGAGAGAAUGAAGCAACAAGGUGCAGGCUUGAGCUCCUCACUCCCCUCCGCUCCUCUGUCCGCCCUCCUUUGUCCCUCUCCUGUGUGUGGGUGGGAGGGACAGGCACAGGGAGGCAAGGAUAAGGGGCAGAGAGAGAGAAUGAAGCAACAAGGUGCAGGCUUGAGCUCCUCACUCCCCUCCGCUCCUCUGUCCGCCCUCCUCUGUCCCUCUCCUGUGUGUGGGUGGGAGGGACAGGCACAGGGAGGCAAGGAUAAGGGGCAGAGAGAGAGAAUGAAGCAACAAGGUGCAGGCUUGAGCUCCUCACUCCCCUCCGCUCCUCUGUCCGCCCUCCUCUGUCCCUCUCCUGUCUGUGGGUGGGUGGGACAGGCACAGGGAGGCAAGGAUAAGGGGCAGAGAGAGAGAAUGAAGCAACAAGGUGCAGGCUUGAGCUCCUCACUCCCCUCCGCUCCUCUGUCCGCCCUCCUCUGUCCCUCUCCUGUCUGUGGGUGGGUGGGACAGGCACAGGGAGGCAAGGAUAAGGGGCAGAGAGAGAGAAUGAAGCAACAAGGUGCAGGCUUGAGCUCCUCACUCCCCUCCGCUCCUCUGUCCGCCCUCCUCUGUCCCUCUCCUGUCUGUGGGUGGGAGGGACAGGCACAGGGAGGCAAGGAUAAGGGGCAGAGAGAGAGAAUGAAGCAACAAGGUGCAGGCUUGAGCUCCUCACUCCCCUCCGCUCCUCUGUCCGCCCUCCUCUGUCCCUCUCCUGUGUGUGGGUGGGAGGGACAGGCACAGGGAGGCAAGGAUAAGGGGCAGAGAGAGAGAAUGAAGCAACAAGGUGCAGGCUUGAGCUCCUCACUCCCCUCCGCUCCUCUGUCCGCCCUCCUUUGUCCCUCUCCUGUGUGUGGGUGGGAGGGACAGGCACAGGGAGGCAAGGAUAAGGGGCAGAGAGAGAGAAUGAAGCAACAAGGUGCAGGCUUGAGCUCCUCACUCCCCUCCGCUCCUCUGUCCGCCCUCCUCUGUCCCUCUCCUGUGUGUGGGUGGGAGGGACAGGCACAGGGAGGCAAGGAUAAGGGGCAGAGAGAGAGAAUGAAGCAACAAGGUGCAGGCUUGAGCUCCUCACUCCCCUCCGCUCCUCUGUCCGCCCUCCUCUGUCCCUCUCCUGUCUGUGGGUGGGUGGGACAGGCACAGGGAGGCAAGGAUAAGGGGCAGAGAGAGAGAAUGAAGCAACAAGGUGCAGGCUUGAGCUCCUCACUCCCCUCCGCUCCUCUGUCCGCCCUCCUCUGUCCCUCUCCUGUGUGUGGGUGGGAGGGACAGGCACAGGGAGGCAAGGAUAAGGGGCAGAGAGAGAGAAUGAAGCAACAAGGUGCAGGCUUGAGCUCCUCACUCCCCUCCGCUCCUCUGUCCGCCCUCCUCUGUCCCUCUCCUGUCUGUGGGUGGGUGGGACAGGCACAGGGAGGCAAGGAUAAGGGGCAGAGAGAGAGAAUGAAGCAACAAGGUGCAGGCUUGAGCUCCUCACUCCCCUCCGCUCCUCUGUCCGCCCUCCUCUGUCCCUCUCCUGUGUGUGGGUGGGAGGGACAGGCACAGGGAGGCAAGGAUAAGGGGCAGAGAGAGAGAAUGAAGCAACAAGGUGCAGGCUUGAGCUCCUCACUCCCCUCCGCUCCUCUGUCCGCCCUCCUUUGUCCCUCUCCUGUGUGUGGGUGGGAGGGACAGGCACAGGGAGGCAAGGAUAAGGGGCAGAGAGAGAGAAUGAAGCAACAAGGUGCAGGCUUGAGCUCCUCACUCCCCUCCGCUCCUCUGUCCGCCCUCCUCUGUCCCUCUCCUGUCUGUGGGUGGGUGGGACAGGCACAGGGAGGCAAGGAUAAGGGGCAGAGAGAGAGAAUGAAGCAACAAGGUGCAGGCUUGAGCUCCUCACUCCCCUCCGCUCCUCUGUCCGCCCUCCUUUGUCCCUCUCCUGUGUGUGGGUGGGAGGGACAGGCACAGGGAGGCAAGGAUAAGGGGCAGAGAGAGAGAAUGAAGCAACAAGGUGCAGGCUUGAGCUCCUCACUCCCCUCCGCUCCUCUGUCCGCCCUCCUCUGUCCCUCUCCUGUGUGUGGGUGGGAGGGACAGGCACAGGGAGGCAAGGAUAAGGGGCAGAGAGAGAGAAUGAAGCAACAAGGUGCAGGCUUGAGCUCCUCACUCCCCUCCGCUCCUCUGUCCGCCCUCCUUUGUCCCUCUCCUGUGUGUGGGUGGGAGGGACAGGCACAGGGAGGCAAGGAUAAGGGGCAGAGAGAGAGAAUGAAGCAACAAGGUGCAGGCUUGAGCUCCUCACUCCCCUCCGCUCCUCUGUCCGCCCUCCUCUGUCCCUCUCCUGUCUGUGGGUGGGUGGGACAGGCACAGGGAGGCAAGGAUAAGGGGCAGAGAGAGAGAAUGAAGCAACAAGGUGCAGGCUUGAGCUCCUCACUCCCCUCCGCUCCUCUGUCCGCCCUCCUUUGUCCCUCUCCUGUGUGUGGGUGGGAGGGACAGGCACAGGGAGGCAAGGAUAAGGGGCAGAGAGAGAGAAUGAAGCAACAAGGUGCAGGCUUGAGCUCCUCACUCCCCUCCGCUCCUCUGUCCGCCCUCCUCUGUCCCUCUCCUGUCUGUGGGUGGGUGGGACAGGCACAGGGAGGCAAGGAUAAGGGGCAGAGAGAGAGAAUGAAGCAACAAGGUGCAGGCUUGAGCUCCUCACUCCCCUCCGCUCCUCUGUCCGCCCUCCUUUGUCCCUCUCCUGUGUGUGGGUGGGAGGGACAGGCACAGGGAGGCAAGGAUAAGGGGCAGAGAGAGAGAAUGAAGCAACAAGGUGCAGGCUUGAGCUCCUCACUCCCCUCCGCUCCUCUGUCCGCCCUCCUCUGUCCCUCUCCUGUCUGUGGGUGGGUGGGACAGGCACAGGGAGGCAAGGAUAAGGGGCAGAGAGAGAGAAUGAAGCAACAAGGUGCAGGCUUGAGCUCCUCACUCCCCUCCGCUCCUCUGUCCGCCCUCCUUUGUCCCUCUCCUGUGUGUGGGUGGGAGGGACAGGCACAGGGAGGCAAGGAUAAGGGGCAGAGAGAGAGAAUGAAGCAACAAGGUGCAGGCUUGAGCUCCUCACUCCCCUCCGCUCCACUGUCCGCCCUCCUCUGUCCCUCUCCUGUCUGUGGGUGGGUGGGACAGGCACAGGGAGGCAAGGAUAAGGGGCAGAGAGAGAGAAUGAAGCAACAAGGUGCAGGCUUGAGCUCCUCACUCCCCUCCGCUCCUCUGUCCGCCCUCCUUUGUCCCUCUCCUGUGUGUGGGUGGGAGGGACAGGCACAGGGAGGCAAGGAUAAGGGGCAGAGAGAGAGAAUGAAGCAACAAGGUGCAGGCUUGAGCUCCUCACUCCCCUCCGCUCCUCUGUCCCUCUCCUGUCUGUGGGUGGGUGGGACAGGCACAGGGAGGCAAGGAUAA